ACCGGUAAAAAAUUUUCUAAGAUGGAAGAAUUGAACACGAAGGACAAAACUCCAGAAAUUGAAGAAAUAAUGGAACCAGCAGGGGAAAUAGCUCCUGUUAUCAUCGAAGAGUUGAGUCAGGUCGACGCUUUACGGGUUGACAUCAAUGAAUUCGUAGAAGCGACUAUCUGUCACUUGCCAGCUGAUAGUUCAAACAGAGACGAAGAGGAUAACAAUCUGGUGAUAGAAACUGGACAAGCGUCUGAUGAUGAAGACAACCAGACGAUGACUCCGGAGGAGGAAGCUAGAAUUACCAGGCAGUUUCUCAACGGCGAGAUGUCUUUUUCAGACUUUUCUUUGCUGAUGGACAGAGGUGCUGAUGGAGAUCCUCAACAAGUUGCUGAAAACCAAAAUCGACGUCUACAAUUACCUACAGCCUUAAAAGGAUUGAUGGGUGAAGCUAACUUACAAUACGCACGUGGUCACAAUGAAGUAGCUAUCAGAAUGUGUAUGGAAAUAAUCAGAGAAGUACCAUCAGCACCAGAAGCUUAUCAAACCUUAUCAAUGAUCUACGAGUCUGAGGAUCCCGAAAAAGCGCUCCACUUUGCCCUAAUAGCUGCCCAUUUAUCCCCCAAGGACUGCGACCAGUGGAUCAACCUGGCCAACAAAUCCCUCCAAAGGCGAGACCUUCGCCAAGCGAUAACCUGCUACUUAAAAGCAAUAGCCUCCAACCCCAAGAACGUCUCUCUCUACGAAUCAUACGCUAAGCUUCAAUUAGAUUACAACGGAGAUGAAGAAGCUUAUUUUAAAGCUUACAAAAAAUUACUGAAGAAACUCGACACUGAAGACAACGAAGUGCUGGUUCACUACGCGAAGAAGCUGGCUAAGAUGUACACUGAGAAAGAAAAUUAUUUAGAAGCUGCCAAUGCGAUGGACCAGAUCUUCAGCAAGUGUCCUAGCAGAGUGACUUAUGACGACGUGAAUAUCUACGCUGAAUUUUUGAUAAAAUUAAAGAAGUUCCGGAGGUGUCUGGACAUUUUAAUUAGUCACACGGGAAUUGGAGUUAAGUACAGUGACGAUGAGAGGAAGAUAAUAGAGAGUUGUUGUCUUCCUGAUGACACUCCGAUUGACUUGAAGGUGAGGUUCAUCGUCACUAUGCUCGAGUUGGGAUUCACUAAACAGGUCUUGGGGCACAUGGACGCUUUGUUGGCUUAUGAGGAAGCUGAAAAAUUCGGAGAUUUAUUUUUAGACAUUGUUGAUGGGCUGAUGCACGUCCAGGAGUACGCUAGAGCGCUAAAAUUCUUGGAGUUGUUAAUUAGGUGCAAAAAUUACAGCAUGCCUGCGGUCUGGUUGAGGUACGCUGAGUGUCAUGUUGGGUGCAGGCAAUUGAAAGAAGCGAUUCUGGCUUAUGAAAUUAAGUACUGCUUGUCCUUCGGACGACCACUUCAAGACACUGUACUUACCUUCCACGAGUCAAAGACACCUCCAACAGAUCAGCAAGAGUGGAUGAUCUUCUUAAAAGCCUGCCACGUGGCGUACAAGCUAAAAAAAUUCGGAGUCCUGCAGAGAAUUUGCUUCACAGGACUCACUUCGAAAAAAUUCGAGUCCCAGAUUAGAGACCUUACCUGGCUUUGUUUGUUGUCUUGCAUUUACAACAAUGACUCCUUUAACGGGCACAAUAUUAUCCGAGAGCUGGUGAGAGACACUCACGAGCAGAAUCUCUGGAAUCUUUUGAACAUUGUUGUUCAAAAAGCAGACGACACCAGACACAACCGGUUUAUCAUGAGAUUGCUCGGCCGCGUGGAUGUUCAGUCAUAUUUGCACAUUUUGCAAGCUAAUAAUUGCCUCGUUUCCGGGACUUAUAAGUAUGCGUUGAAUGAUUAUUUUCCAGAACCUCCUCAUGACAAAAUCAUCAAAGAAAAUCUAGAAUUACUAGACAUUAGACGCGAAGCUGCGUUUAAUAUCCACCUUAUUUAUUUACAAACUGGAAACAAAGAACUUGCUCGAAUGUAUUUACAUGAAUUUAUUGUAGUUUAA